AUGGGCAGGUCCGACAAAGACACUGAUGAGAUGAAGAUUGUGUUUGAAGAUGUUUACCUGGCUUCAGCAACCGAGCAGCACAGCGUUUGUAAGUGGCUGCCAACGGCUUUGGUUGGAGUGGCGCCCCCGCAGAGGCGAGAGGAGCGAGGGGAGAGGGAGCGAUGGCAGCUUCUCCGCAUCAGUUCUUCUUGUGUUUUGGAGAAAGCCGUCAGCUGCUGGGAGGAUAUGAAGCGCUUCAGCCCACCCCCUUCUUUCCCCUCUCUGCAUGUGCGCCGCUGCUACUGCUACUGCUGA